CAACUAUGCACCCCUGGCACAUCCACCGCUCACCAAGACAUCAACAAAAUCCAGGACAACAUUUUCGGCCAACCACGCCCAAGGAAGGGCCCAGGAGGCCAGGAUCUAUUCCCACUCCACACACGAGAGGGGAGACAUAGUGCAUGACACCCAAGCAGACGUGCCCUCAACCCAAUGGCUUGAGGCGCAACUUGCGUUCAAAGUUUCGAUGGUUCACGGGAUUCUGCAAUUCACACCAAGACUGCCCAUGGGUAGUUCCUGCCCAUGAAGCUGGUAUGGGAAGUGUUGAACAUGUUCUUGAUAUGAAGUUGGGCAGAGGUGUUUUGGCCAUUCUCUUGGGUGAGACCGUGACUUGUGUUCAUGUUGAAUCCCUGGGGGAUUGUGGCUGUUUGACAUGGUGUGGUCUACCACUGUUUGUGUCCAUUUUAACCUUGGCCUAUGGCAAAUGCAUGGGAUCAAAGCUGAAGGAAUAUGGGCAGAACAUGACCUUUGUGCGGCUGCUUUGGGUGGGUUUUCCUUAUGCAUUUCGAGCUGCAUCCCUAACAUCUCUGUUGGGAAGCCAUUGUGAGCCUGAGGCUCCAGUGUUCAACACUGUCAAGGGAAGGGCCUGGUCUAUUGGAGUCUACAUGGGCCAAAUGUCAAUGCCGUCUCUGUUAAGGGUGAACUUGAUGAGCCUACACAUGUUGAGGACUUGUCGUUGUAGUGGCAACAAUGACGCAAAUGACCCCUUUUGGUUUGAUGUCUUGAUGAUUUAUAAAGCCCUCCAGUGGUGUCUCACUUUUGGAGUUUUGUUGAGGAUUUUCUUUCCUUUUGAUGACCCAUUGAUGACGCUGAUGCAGAAUAACGAGGACGAGCCAUGGUUAUGUGGCUGGACACAUACAAUUUGUGAAUUGCAGUGGCUAGAUUAUGGAGCUCAUAAGGCAUUCAUGGCGCUGCUGUGGCUUCCUGCUGCCAUUCGCCUGGGCAGUAAGGCAGUAACAAAACUGCAUUCCCCUGGAUUUUGGAUCUGUUUUGCGUAUGGGCUGAACUGGGUGGAAUUGCUGAAUUUGGUUGGUACCAAUUGUGAUGGAGCUGAUGAAUGUGGGUUGUUGAUUCCUCAGUCACUUGUUCCUGGAGUCUUGGGGGUUUUUGCUGAUGCUGGACAUGGACUAGGUGACGCUGCUGCUGCCCAGUCCUGUUUUGCUGUUUUUGAUUGCUUGUCUGUGACUUUGGGUCUGUGGAGAGGGAGCGAUGUGUUUGGCUUGAGAUGUCACCUAUAUAUGCUCCCUCCAUGCUCUGUCAUUCUUCAGAUGGAGUAUGAGCAGACUUGGUUAUGGCCUGGGUUACUUAUGGGUGGGUGGACCCUUUGGGUGGUGGAAACAGCCCUUAGCACUUACUGGAUUGAGUUGGCUGCUGUUUCUUUGCUUUUNUACCUGUUUGCAAAGUGUCCGGUUGUCUUCUCCGUUCAUUUUCGCGGCGCUGGUGAUGGUGUAACUCCCGUUUGUUUUCAAAUUCUUCAUCUCCUUGGUCUGGCGAGCUUCUCCAUUGGUGGAAUCCCUGGUUUCCAUCAUCUCCCGAAGUCAACGCAAGCUAGGGUUGGAGAUUUACUGUUCAUCUUCUACGCACUCUUCUUCGAUGAAUUCCAGGUAAGUGUGGCUUGUCUCUCUUUGCCUCUUGCCAUGGGAAAGAAGCCUAAGAAGACGACGAAGACCCCUGCACAUUCUCCUCCUCCUGCUACGAGGAAGAAGAAGAAGAGUACCAAACUUGUUGUAGAUCAUGAAUUGGAUGUUGUGAACACUGUGGAUGCUGGGGAUGAAUCGUCUGAUGAGGAAAAGGGUGAGCCUUCGGUUCAGUCCUCUUUUGAUACCUCAAUUGAUGAAGAGGAAGUUGCUAGGGCUCUCCAAAUCUCACUGAAGCAGAACCUGGAAGCCAUCCUAACUGAUGAUGUUGAUAAUGUCACUGCCAAUGAACAACCUUUGAACAAGGAGACACCUACUGAGAAUGUUUCUGAUACACCUCUGGAACAACCCACCUGCAAUGAGGAGAAAGAGAAGGAAAAAGAACCUCCUGAUGCUGGCAAGAGUGGAGAUAAACUGAAUGAAGAUAAAGUGGAUAAGCCGAUUGAUGGAAAGAAAUCUUUUGCCUCCUUUUUCAUGAAAAACAGGGUUGAAGAUAAAGGAAUGAAGCUUCACAAGGUAGUUGCUCCUAAAUGCUUUAUACCUGAAGAAGACAUGCUGACUGUGGAAGAAAUUUGGGGACCUUGUCUUGUGGGUUGCUUCACUGGCAGAUUCCCUGGGCUGUUAGCUAUUCAAAAACUGGUUGACAGUUGGGGAGUCAAGUGUAAGUUUCUGCCUCACCACCAAGGAUGGGUUGUCUUCAAAUUCCUUACCAAUGAAGAUAGGGAUUCUGCACUCUUACUUUCCAAGAAGGAAAUCAAUAAUAAGAAAUUGCUUAUUAACAUCCCUCCUGAUGACUUUAUGUGGGAUGUUAAGUCCUUUUCAACCAUGCCUGUCUGGGUUAAGCUUUGGAAUGUUCCCAUGAGGUUCUGGUCCUCAAAUUCUCUAUCUCACAUAGGGUCUAAACUGGGCACACCCAUGUACACGGAUGGCCUCACUCACACAGUGGCUUCCAAGUUGAGUGCUGAAGAUCAGGUUGAGAAUGAUGUGCUUAAAUACCAGAAGCCCAACUACUGCAGAAUGUUGAUAAACAUGGACCUAUCCCUCACACCUCCUACCUCUGUUGAGGUGGAUUUUGUUGGAGGUAGUUAUGUCCAAAAGGUUGAGUAUGAGGAUAUGCCACAAUACUGUUAUCACUGUAAGUGUUUUGGCCAUGACCUCUUUAACUGCUCAGUUCUCCAUGAUAUCAACAAGAGGAGAUUCAAUGAAGAACAAAAAGCUAAAGAAAGGGCCAGGGUUGAAACCCUUAAGACCAUAAUGCUUACAGAAGCACAAGCAACAACUAGAAAGCAACACCAACCACAGAAGGGAAAGGAUAAUGGGAAAGAUGAUGUGAACAACACUGUGGAAAACAAAGGGAAGGGAAAGGAUACCUCUGGUGGUGUGGCCCAAAACCCAAAUGAUCCUGGCCCAUCCUUCACUACCCACACUGAGGAUGAUGGCUUCACACAAGUAGGAGGUGGCAAGGGCAAACUUACCACACACCCUAUCAGGGAUGGAAAACUGAAAACUGGAUACAACAAAGGGGGAGGCCAGACUGGAGGAUAUAGAGAUGCUAAUUCAACUGGGUUGGAUUUCACUUGGAAUAAAGGUGAUAAGUGGGCUAAGUUAGACAGGGUACUUGUGAACUAUGAUUGGGAUAAUUUGGAUUGGGAAUGCUGGGCUGAAUUCAGAGAUAUGGAGAUAGUGUCUGAUCACUGCCCUGUUUUGCUGAAACUACUACCUACCCAUACCCAUGGAACCAAAUCCUUUAAAUUCUACAAUAUGUGGACCAAGCAUGAUGAUUUUGAUAGAGUGGUCAGACAGAUCUGGGACCAGAGAAUUGUUGGAACUAGGCAGUACAGACUUUGCACUAAGCUCAAGAAGCUCAAGUACCCUCUGAAGCAGCUGAAUAGACAUGAGUUUGGACAUAUAUCUCAGAAAGCUGAGGAUGCCAGAAAAAUGUACAACACCCACAUGAAGAUGCUUAUUCUGGACCCCAGCAAUCCAGCUCUGAUCAAAGAAAGUGAUGUCCUGAGGAAGAAGGCUAACUUUUACUUGGAUGCAGAGAGAUCCUUCUUCCAGCAGAAAACCAAGUGUGACUUGGCCACUGAAGGGGAUAAAUGCACCAAAUUUUUUCAUAAUCUUAUGAAGAAGAAGAAUACUAAUAAUGCCAUUCCCUUCCUUAUCCUUGAGGAUGACAGAGUGACCACUAGUCAGGAUGAAAUUGCAAGUGAAUUCAUCCAGUACUUCACUCAGCUUUUUGGAAGAACUGUCCCUACUCAAGCUGUUGACUGGGAUGUAUUUCAAGAAGGCCCCACAAUUUCACCAUCUGAUUGUACAAGCUUGACAAAGAAGGUCGAUAUUGCUGAGGUUAAAGAGGCCUUGUUCUCCAUUGGCAACAAUAAAUCUCCAGGACCUGAUGGGUUCACAUCAGCUUUCUUUAAAGAAAAGUGGGAUCUUGUUAGCCAUACCUUAUAUGAUGCUGUAUCUGAAUUUUUCAUUAGUGGCAGACUUUUAAAGCAAAUCAAUCAUGCUACUGUGGCUCUCAUUCCUAAAGCAGCUUUUGUGGGGGGAAGGAAUCUGGUAGACAAUGUACUUUUGGCCCAGCACCUUGUUAAAGAAGGCCAUCUACCUGUGAAGUAUUUGGGUUUGCCUCUUACCUCUCAAAGGGCUUCUGAGAGAGAUUUUGCUCCUCUUGUUGAAAUGAUUGAUGAUAAUAUUAAAAGGUGGAACACUAAGACCCUGUCCAUGGCAGGAAGAGCUGAACUCAUCAGGACUGUGAUCCAAGGUAUUGAAGGCUUCUGGCUACAAGCCUUUCCCAUUCGCAAGAUUGUGCUCAACAGAAUCACCACACUUUGUAGGUCCUUCCUUUGGGGCAGUAAAUUCUUCAAGGUGGCAUGGGAUGAUAUUUGCAAGCCUAAGGAGGAAGGGGGCCUUGGUUUAAGAAAUUCUGGUUACUGGAAUCAAGCUCUUAUGGCCAAAACUCUGUGGAACAUUGCAUCUAGAAAGGAGACCCUUUGGGUGCAGUGGGUCCAUGCAGUCUACUUGCAGGAUAGGGACAUCUGGACCUGGAUCCCUAAAAAAGAGGACUCACACUUUUUCAAAAAGCUGGCUGAAAUUAGAGAUAUCCUCCUCUUAAAAAUUGGGCCAGGAUUCACAGAUCAGAAUGGUAUGGACAUGAUCAUGGUUGAUGGGAAUGUUUGUACCUCUAAGGUUUAUGACCUCAUCAGAACUCAUGGAUCAAAGAAGGCUUCCAUGAGGGUCAUCUGGCAGAGUUACAUUCCUCCCAGAUUCUCCUUCACUACUUGGCUUGCUUUAAGAAAGAGAUUGCCUACCAAAGUCAAUCUUAGUUUCAUACAUAUGGACAGCAGACAGUGUAGCCUCUGUGGUGAGGAGUUGGAAAAAACUAAUCAUUUGUUCUUUGCUUGUGUGGUCUCAAAUGAUACAUGGAAAGGAAUUAGAGAUUGGCUGCAUAUUCCCAAUGAACUGUCAACUAUUGAAAGAGCCAUUAAAUGGCUUUUGAGAAGGCAUGGAGUUCAUGGCAACAGAAGGAGCAUGUGGAGAUUGGCUACUUUGAGUACCAUCCACCACAUUUGGAAGAUGAGAAACCAAAUCUAUUUUGACAAUCAAGGGAUCAACUAUCUUGCUGUGAUUAGGAAGAUCAAAGUGGGAGUGUAUAAAAUCAUGUACAGACUGUACCCUCACUCCACUAUUGCACUUUUGGAUAUGGAGCUCACUGUUAUGCUUGAGGAAUGGAGCUUGUUUGAUGACCCUCCACUGGAAUUGGAACCUGUUUACUUAACUACCUGUUUGCAGAAGAUAUGGCUUGGAACCUUCUUGCUUUUGAUGUAUUGGCCUCCCUGUGUUGUAGAAGAGUUUUUACUCUUUGAAGGGAUGUGGGCAUACUUGUCUGCAAUGGUUGUCCUGAGAUAUGGCUAUGACUCUUCCUGCCUUGACGUUUUGGAAUCCCUGUGUUGUAGAAGAGCUGUUACACUCUUUGAAGGGAUUUGGGCAUACCUAAUCACAAUGGGUGCUUUGACAUGAGUUUGUUGUUGUGGCUUCAUAGGAGCAGUUGCAAACCUUAUGCUAUUUAUUUUUGAUUGUUUUGGCCUCCCUGUGUUGUAGAAGAGUUGUUAACCUCUUCGAAGGGACUCUAAUUAGGCCUUGUUUGUAAUUGUUGUAACGAUGUAUUGUGUUGUAAUUGCUCUGGUAGAUACGGUGUACUUGUAACUUUCUUAAGUAUGCGUGUAACCAUGUUGAUGGUUAAGCAUAUGACAUUGAUGUACCUUUUCUGAUUUGGGUAAUAAUAAUUUACAUGUUACCCU